CAACAAGGCCGUAAGGUGCCUGUUACUUCGCCGACAUAUCGCCAGGAGGCGGAACUGAUAGUGGCGGAAGAAAAUCAGGCAAAGCAAAAGAUGCCCAUCUAUGAGGGUCUCGAGGAUUACACGUUAGUCGAAAAGAUGGGAGAUGGUGCUUUCUCGAACGUCUACAAGGCAGUCGAGAUCGCCACGGGCAGGAAAGUUGCAGUCAAGGUGGUGAGAAAGUACGAGCUCAACUCGUCUCAGCAUGGCAACAAGCACCUCAAUGCAAAUUUCAAAAAGAGGCCGCGUGUUACCGAGCGUGCGAAUAUCCUCAAAGAGGUUCAAAUCAUGCGAGGUAUAGAUCAUCCUGGCAUAGUCAAAUUGCUCAGCUUUUUCGAGAGUGACGAACACUACUUCCUGGUCCUUGAAUUGAUGGAGGGGGGCGAAUUAUUUCAUCAAAUUGUCAAGCUCACCUACUUUUCCGAAGCUCUCUCAAGACAUGUGAUCGUACAGGUUGCCCAGGGCAUUCGAUACCUCCAUGAGGAACGUGGCGUUGUCCAUCGCGACAUCAAGCCGGAGAAUUUGCUAUUCGAUCGCAUACCUAUCGUUCCUUCUCGUCACCCGAUCCAUCGUCCUUAUGACGAAGAAAAGGAGGAUGAAGGAGAGUUCCGACCUGGUAUCGGAGGUGGUGGUAUCGGCAGAGUUAAGAUUGCCGAUUUUGGUCUGUCCAAGAUUGUGUGGGACGAGCAAACAAUGACACCUUGUGGUACUGUCGGAUACACGGCUCCGGAGAUCGUAAAGGACGAGCGGUAUAGCAAGUCUGUCGACAUGUGGGCGUUAGGUUGUGUGCUUUACACGUUACUCUGCGGUUUCCCUCCCUUCUACGACGAGUCUAUCAAUGUCUUGACUGAAAAAGUUGCCAGAGGCUACUACACUUUCCUCAGCCCUUGGUGGGAUGACAUAUCAACAUCCGCCAAAGACCUUAUCACACAUCUUCUCUGUGUCGAUCCUGCUCAGCGAUACACCAUCGAUGAAUUCCUUGCCCAUCCAUGGGUCAAAGAGGUUCCUCCCGCACAACCUCCCAUUCCUUCCACCCGUCUCACUGUUCCUCAAUCCAAUGUCCCUCUCGAUUCACCGCUACUAGCUUCUAUGCGGGCUGGCGGUCGCGAAGGUCGUUCACCGGGUGUUACCGCUCUUAAAGAGGCUUUCGACGUCACCUACGCCGUGCAUCGAAUGGAAGAGGAAGGUGCUCGUCGACGAGCUUAUAACGGACCUGGCGGAGCUGGAACUCGAGGUUUCCUCCACGGUCUCAAUGAAGAAGACGAAGACGUAGACGAGCAAGCACAAGUCGAAGAAGCUCGGAGGAAACACGGUGAAGCCGUCGCGCGACAAAUCGAAGAACAUCGAGGUAGGGCCGCUGCCAAUGCAGCGGCUGGAAUCAAAGAAACGCCAGUGACCAAUUAUGUUGGACGUGGAGGUGCAAAUCGACGAGAGGCUGAGGCGGUGUUGUACGACGGUCGGGCAGGUCAGAGAGAUCGAGGUAGGGAGGCGAAGCAAGGGUUCGAUCUGGAUUUGGGGAAUGCUACUUUAUUGGGCAGACGAGGAAAGAAGGUGGCGGCUAGCCCGUUAGGACAAGCUCCACAGACGGCAGGAACACAGUCUCUUCAUCUGGGUUGACAGGAGAGAUAUCAAACUCGGUUGUCUCGACUAAUACCCGCGAUCCCUUUUUUCUCUCGACGACGAAGACACGAUGUCCGGAAGUAGGAAUGGAGUUGGAGUUGUUGGGUUCUAGACAAAGCUGUUGUCAUAGUGGAGGAUUAUCCGUAUACCCAAUGAUUGAAAGAGGAUGAGCUGUGACAUGAUGCAUGGCAUUAAGCUGUGUAAU